UCGAGAGCUAAUUUUUAUUAGUGAAUUGCGUUCCGAUAAAUCCAGCUAAUCUGAUGUUAAGAUAGGUAUACCGUCAAACAAAAAACCUGGUAAUGUCAAACGAAAUUUUCAAUGUCAAUGAAAGCGAUGAAACUUUCUUUUUUGUUUAUUAAUAAGGAAUAAAUUCUCAGGAAUCGCUCUCGUGAACAUGAAUCCUUCGAUAUCUAUAAGCCUCAGGAGUAUGAAUUUUGUUUCAUAGACUACAUUUUCUUUGUAGUAUAAAUGUUCAUACAAAAGAAACUCACGCAAUUACUUCCAAAUCCUGGCAAGUAGUUAGUUUAAGAAUCGUAAGGUAAUUGAACGCAUACGUACUUGGGUUGAGCUAUUGAAAUAUUUGAGAAAUGUUAUAUGUGAAAUAGGAUUUAAUUUUCAAUGCGCAAGUAUAAUCGAAAGUCAAUGUUUGGAACUCUCCAAAUACAAAUGUCAACACGGAGGCAUAAAUUUUGCGUAUUCGUUGCCUUUCGUUUUGUAAGUUUUACGUUUUUUUUUUUUUCUAUGUUGAACUUGAAUCGACGAUAUCAAAAGGAGCACAGUUUGGUGUCCAUGUAUUAAUGAAAAACUAUGAUUCCAAUUCUUGGGUUGGAAUUAAAUUCCUCAGGUAUCCUAUGAAGUCCUACUUUUGAUAAUGUCAAUUUGACUGAUACAGAUUUGCCAUAGAAAACUUGUCUCGGAUUGAAGUGAGGGUUUAUAUUUAUUUGCAAUUAUAUUUGUAAGUCGAAGAAGAUGAAGAAUACUACAGUUCUUUCCACGAUGCGAAUGGUCUCGUGCGUUUUGCGUGUCUCGUGCUCGUCAGAUACUUCUAUUUUGUACUUCAGGAAAAUUUAGGAGACGAAUCAAUGUACUGAAACGCGAAGAAAAUGUAAACUCAAGUAAUAACGAUAGAAGAAAAAAACACAGGGAAUGAGUGAAAAGGAGGCGAGCGAAAUACGAAUUGACGUUUACGAAACGGUUUAUGUGUGAGCUGUACAACGGAGCAAAUAAGAAUAAAAGUUAAUAUUCUAAAUCCAACGUGGUUAAUUAAUAUAUAUACAGUCCAAUUUCGUUAUAAGCCCGUAGCUGAAGCUGUAGGGGAAUCAAUUCUAAAAAUGAUGGCUCCCCUACAACUGCCUUUAAUAAAUUUGGUCAAGACUAUUCGUCAUAAGUCGUUAGUUUUACUCGGAUAUGUACAUAUAACUGACAUUUGGCUAAAGGUUUAUAACGAGAUAUACGUCUCAUACUCGAAUAAGAUUUAGAGUGAGACAAGCUUCCGACCUCGAAAAAACGAAGAAUGGUACAUUUUAAAAAUUAUAAGGAUGGAUAAAGAAGAGAAGAGCAGUGAAAUACAGAAUCAAGAUGAAAGUACUGAAAAUGAGAUUGGAAGAUGUAUUUCUCUUGAACACAGAAUAGGUGAUGUCAUGGAUGGAGAGUUUUGUUCUCCGUUAAGAAAUACAGAAUAUUAUGAUAGUUCCAAACGAACAAUGCAAUAUAUUCCGGGGCGUGGAUUUUCUAAAUAUGAUAAUGCACUCAGGAACCUUAUACCAUUACGUCCUAAAUUGAAAAAACAAGAAGCAAUGCCCAUAGAUAACGUAGGUUUAUUUUCAUUCAUUACAUUUUCCUGGCUCUCAAAAUACAUGUGGAAGGCUUUUCGGCAAGGAAUUACAUUGAAGGAUUUGCCUGCUGUUUCACCUUAUGAUGGAUGUGAAUAUAAUGGAAAGAGGCUGGAAUUAUUAUGGAACGAGGAGCUGAGCAAAUUUGGACAUGAAAAAGCAUCUUUGACUUCAGCAGCAUGGAAGUUCAUUCGUACAAGGAUUUACAUUUCUUGCAGCUUGUACACUGCAUCUCUUAUAUUGGGAUUUAUAGCUCCUACACUACUAAUGCGAAGAUUGCUAAUCUUCGUACAGACUUCCGACGGAAAUAUCCAGGAAGGAAUAAAAUGGGCUCUACUCUUAACGUUAUCUGAAUUUAUUCGCAUACUAAUAUUUUCCUCGAUGUGGGCUAUGAAUUACAGAACAGCACUAAGAUUGCGCUCUGCAUGCCUAAUCGUGUGUUAUAGAAAAAUCAUUCGACUGAACAACUUGGGCAAUAAAAGCAUUGGGGAGUUACUUAACGUGUUUUCUAACGACUCGCAGAGAGUAUUUGAUAUGGUUAUUCUCGGUCCUAUGGUAAUCGGUGGUCCCAUAGUUACCAUAUGCGGCGUAUUUUACAUUUUAUGGAUCCUAAGUCCAAUGGCCUUGCUGGGGAUGAUCGCAUUUCUGAUAUUUUAUCCUUGUCAGUAUAUAAUUUCACGGACAACUAGUUAUUAUCGAGGGAAAGCCGUGAAGGUCGGCGACUCGAGAAUCAGACUGAUGAAUGAGAUACUACAGUGCAUAAAGUUGAUAAAGAUGUAUGCAUGGGAGAGACGCUUCAGUGAAGAUCUUAUUGGUAUUAGAAAACAAGAGCAAAGUUUACUUUUGAAAACUGCCUAUUUCCAGAGCCUUAGUGUAUCACUGGCACCCACAGUGCCUGUUAUAUCGGCCAUUGUAACCUUCCUGUCGCAUAUUGCCGCCGGAAAUAACUUAACGGCCGCAGAAGUAUUCCCACUUUUGACCUUCCUCAAUUCGCAGCUUCGUAAUACAUUCAACAUAUUGCAGAUGGGUGUCGCUAAUAUAUUUGAUGCCAUGAUAUCAUUUCGCCGAUUCAAGAGUUUGCUGCUACUUGAAGAGGGUAACUGCUUGAUUUUAAAGCCAACUAUUGAAGCACAAGCUGUCGGUAUUGUCCACGGAACAUUUGUUUGUACUUUCUUUGAAAAUCAAGAAGAUAAAUCAACUGGCUCAAAGCGAAAGAAGAAAAAGAAGGUCCACACGAAUCAGAAGAGCGAGAAUGAAGAAACUGAGAGAUUGAGAAAUUCAGUAAAUGUGAAGCGAAUAGAAGUUCUUCAAGAUAUUUCUUUUGAAGCAUCCAAGGGACAAUUGAUUGGAAUCUGCGGUCACGUUGGCAGUGGAAAAUCGAGUUUGUUGCUUGCAGCGUUGGGACAAUUGAGGAUACACUGCGGUCAAGUGAUGAGGGAUGGUUCUUGUGCUUUUGUUAGUCAAGAAGCGUGGAUCAUAAAUGCGACUCUGCGCGAAAAUAUCUUGUUUGGCGAGCCCUUUGAAUCUACGCGUUACUAUAAAGCACUUUUAGCCUGCAGCUUGGGUCAGGAUCUGAAUAUGUUGCCAGGUGGAGAUCAGACUGAGAUCGGCGAAAGAGGCAUUAAUCUCUCUGGAGGACAGAAACAGAGAGUAGCUCUUGCCAGAGCUUUCUAUGCAGAUAGGGACAUUUAUCUUUUGGAUGAUCCUUUGAGUGCUGUAGAUGCUCACGUAGGUAUCCAUAUUUUUGACAAUUUGAUAUUAGAUGCUCUUAAGGAUAAAACCGUCCUGUUCGUCACGCAUCAAGUUCAAUAUUUAAACCGAUGUGAUGAUAUUUAUAUGCUGCGGGAAGGCAGGAUAGUCGAACAUGGAACUCACGGGGACCUCAUGAAACUUGAUAAGGAGUAUGCGAUGAUGAUCAAGACCAUUCAGGCGGAAUCUGAGAGUAAUCUUGCAGAACAGGAGAAUAGCGAACCGGAAGAGACGGAGACAGGUGGAGAUAAAGUAGAAAAAUUGAAAAGUAUAGACCGAACUUUGAGUUCAAAUUCUCAAGCAAAUGUGAAGGCUCCAGAGAAAGUGGAGAAUGCUGGAACUGUUUUAAUGGUACCUGACAAAGUGGAACGUGGUAGCGUCAAGGCUCAUACUUAUCACAUGUACGUCAUAUCAGCAGGUGGUUAUUUCGCCUGUUUUCUGGUAGUCCUGGCAUUUUUCUUUAACAUUGGCAGCACGGCUUUUAGUAAUUGGUGGCUAGCAAAUUGGUUGAAGAUUGGUGGUGGUAACGAGACUGUGAUUAUCGGCAAUGAAACAAUACCUUCGAAUAAUAUAAACGACAAUCCAGAUUUUAAUUAUUAUCAGACUGUCUACGCUUCAUGUAUUGUCGUUAUAUUGGUAACGAGUUUACUACGUGGUUUGGCAAUCACACAAUUCACUAUAAACGCAUCUACGACAUUGCAUAAUGCAGUGUUUAAAAAAAUUAUCCAAGCUCCAAUGAAAUUCUUUGAGACUACCCCAAGUGGUAGAAUACAAAACAUGUUCAGUAGAGACAUGGACGAAGUGGAUACCAGGUUACCCAUAACGCUGGAGGGUAUUAUACAAAAUACCUUUAUUGUCCUUUUUGCUGUUCUAUUUAUAUGCAUGGUCUUCCCGUGGUUCACAAUACCGCUGAUAUUUCUAGCUGCGCUUUACUACUUCAUCAAUGCAGUCUUCAGGGUAGCAAUUCGCGACCUCAGGCGGAUUGAAAACUCAUCGCGAUCACCGAUCUUCAGUUUUCUCAUGACUACCACACAGGGACUGAGCACCAUCCGUGCUUUUGACAAACAAAAUGAGUGCUUGGCAAAGUUUCAAGAAUUGUUUGAUUUAAACAAUUCCUCGUCAUUUCUCUGUAAUAUAGCUAUGCGCUGGCUCGCAGUGAGAUUUGAUGGCUUAGCUGUGUUGUCUAUUAGUAUCACAGGUUUUUUCGUGAUCGGCAUGAAAGAUCAAGUUUCGCCAGCCCUCGCGGGUUUGGCUUUGACUUACUGUGCCCAUAUUUCAGGCGUUUUUCAAUACUAUGUCCGAUUGAUAUCAGAAGCCGAUGUUCGAUUCAUAAGCGUUGAAAAUAUCGAGCAUUACAUUAAGACCUUAGAGAGCGAAGAACAAAAAUAUACAAAAACAAAUAGAAAGUUACCUGUCAAUUGGCCAACUAGAGGUGAAAUUAAAUUUCGAAAUGUUCAAAUGAGAUACAGGACGGGUUUGCCUUUGGUAUUAAAUGGAAUUACUUGCACUAUCACAGCGGGGGAAAAAAUCGGUAUCGUCGGUAGAACUGGUUCUGGCAAAAGCUCGGUAACAGUUGCACUAUUCAGAUUGGUUGAGUUGGCUGGUGGAAAAAUAAAAAUUGACGACGUGGACAUAACAACAACAAGCUUGGAUUUGUUGAGAAGCAAAUUGUCGAUCGUGCCGCAAGAUCCAAUACUCUUUAGCGGAAGUAUAAGAUCCAAUUUGGACCCAUUUAAAAUACACGAAGACACCGAGAUCUGGGAGGCCCUUGAAAAGACGAAAUUAAAAAGCAGGAUAGAGUCCGUUUCCGCUCAACUGAAUGCCCCCGUUGGAUUUGGGGGAGAUAACUUGAGUAUGGGAGAGAAACAGCUUCUGUGCUUAACCAGAGCUUUAUUACGACGCAGCAAAAUUCUUGUACUGGACGAAGCAACGGCUGCGGUGGAUCCCGAAACGGAAAUAGCUGUUCAAAAUACGAUACAGCAAGAAUUUUCAGGCUGCACUGUGCUUACGAUUGCACAUAGAUUACAAACAGUCCAAUAUUGCGAUCGUAUUUUGUUAAUGAAUAAUGGAAUGAUUCUCGAAUUUGACACGCCAACUAACUUGUUGAGUAAUCCAUACUCUGAGUUCAGUAUGAUGAUGGCUGCUGCUGAGAAAGCUGUACGAGGAUGUUAAAGAAGGUGAAAAAGCAAUGCUACAAAGAAAGAUUACCUAUACAAUUUGCAAAAACAUAACAAAAAGUAUUAUACUUAGUUUAAGCACGCCGGACUAUGUAAGAUAUUUCAAUGAAUUCAAGGUCCACAAGACGCAGAGUUACAUAUUUUAUUAUUGUCAUUUAGUGGAUAUAGAUUAUUAUAUAAAAAACAUUUUUUUAGUGAAAUUAUUUUAUUAUUACGACAAUAAAUACGUCAAGUGCCUUGCA